AUGACUGUGGAUUUCAAUGGGAAGAUUGAUGCUUUGUAUCUGGAUCUGAAUGGAAAAAUUGAAGUUCUGAACACUCAUGUUAAGAAGCUUGAUACUCAGGUUGCUCAGACUACAGAGUCUGUAAAAAGGCAAGAAGGAUUCUUUCCUGGGAAGAUUGAUACCAAUCCUAUGCAUUACUGCAGUGCCAUCUCGUUAAGGAGUGGUAAAAAGUUGACUCAUGUGCUUAAAAAGGGUGUUUCUGAGGAUGAAAUCGUGAAAUUGGACGAAUCUGAAGAAAAUUUCGAAGCUGCAGAGCCGGUGUCGAGCGACACCACAACUAGUGUCGCGCGACACCAAUUGCAGAGCGAAGCCGAUAUUGCUCAAAGUCCGAAAUCAGCAGAGAAAAGAGUCUACAGACCUAAGAUUCUUUACCCACGGAGUCCUAGGAAGUCCAAGCAGGAGUUAGAUGAUGCCAGAUGCAAGGCUUUGAUGGAGAAGCUUGUGAUUGAGAUUCUUUUGAUUGAUGCUGUGAAGAUUGCUCCUACUCUCAGACACUAUGUAAAGAGGAUGGUGACUAAUAAUCUGAGUCAUGAGGAAGGAGUGAUGAUGAUUUCUGAACAGGUCAGUGCUGUGAUUCAGAAUAAGAUCCCAGAGAAACUCUCGGACCCGGGAAGCUUUGUUUUGGACUGCUCUAUCUUUUCAGAGAAGUUCAAGAGAUCGCUGUGUGAUCUUGGUUCGAGUGUCAACCUCAUGCCAUACUCUGUAGCUGUUAGCCUUGGGAUGGCUGACUUCAAGCCAACUAAGAUCUCUUUGAUCUUAGCAGAUCGAUCUAAAAGAAUCCCAAAAGGUGUCUUGGAGGAUGUUCUGAUUAAAGUUGGAGAUACAAUCAUGAACUUCAAGAUGGAGAAGCUGAAGGAUCCAACCAUAGAUGGUCAGACAUUCCAAGUGAGAGAUCAACCUGAGUUGACGAAAACAUCUACAGAACCAGUGACUGCUGUUGAUCAGGAAGCUCCAAACAUCUCACUCCACUCAUCUCCACCAAAUCAAAGGUACGCACCUCUUAAGCCUAAUCCUAAUUUUUGUGAUAUCAUCAAAACUGAUUUGAAAGAUGCAGACUCUGUCUCACGACGCAAGCUACGUGAUUAUCGUAAAGUUCUUGGUUUUUCAAUUGAUGAUAUUGCAGGGAAUAGUUCAAGGCCAUCCAAACACAGAUCUCACCCUGGUGUUAUUCCUGCAUUCCUUGGACGACCUCAUACGCACAACGCUUACACACCACCAUGGAUGAGACGACUUUCACAGAGGCAUUCUUUGCCACUGUCUGAACCACCAGAUGCAUAG